CGCGUUGCAUCUGUUAUUUCCGGCGGAGGGGAGGGGGCGCGGCGCGGGCGGCUUUGAAAGAGAAUGGCGGCGCACCCGGGGGAAGACAGCUCUCUCCCGUUGACGGAGGCGUCCCCUGGCAGCCCGGGGCCCGGAGAGGAAGCGGGGUCCGAGGAGCUGCCCAUGGUGUUCCUGUGCGCUGGCUGCAAGCGGCCCGUAGGAGACACGCUCGGCUGGGAGUUCAACGACGAGGACACCAACUGCAUCUUGCUGAAGAAUGUUACGCUCAAUGUUUCAGUGGACAAGGAACAAAAACUUUCAAGCCGAGCAGGCGAAUAUGGCUGCAUGCUUGAAACCUUGUUUUGCACUGGGUGCAACAUGACCCUUGGAAGCAUUUACAGAUGCACUCCGAGACAUCUGGAUUAUAAACGAGAUUUAUUUUGCUUAAAUGUUGACGCUCUUGAAAGUUAUACCCUAGGGUCCUCGGAACAAAAAGCUGAAAUUGAUGAAGAGCCUCUAACGCUUGAAAGUCGAGCUAGUUUAGAAGAGUCACUAGGAAGGGCAGAAACGAUUUUGAAGGCAUUGGAGCAACGAUUAUCUGUAGUUGAAUCAAGUUUUGCAUCUCUUCACAACAUUGGCUGAAUAAUUAUUAUUGAUAUUACUAAUAAUAUUGACACUUGAGUUUGAAGUAUGUUGAAUCACUGCUGGAGUUGUCUGGUUAAAAAGAAGUGUUUCCCAGUGUCCUAGAGGUUGAAAAUGCAGACACCUGAGAAAGGAGAAUACUAAUGGAAAGCCAGACAUCCUUUGGAAAUUCUGGUCAUGAAUGUUGUUGGUUUUUUUAAAAAAAAAAUCUUUUUUUAUUCUCAUCUUUUCUAAAUCACUGAAAUGCAAAUAUUGUUCUCAAUAUUCUCUUGUACCUUUUUUGGUUUUAUAUUUUGAUUUAUAUUUCUUUCAUGAUUUUUCACAUUGCUUUUGGCAGAUUAGGAGCAAGUGUGGCUAACCUGCUUUUUCUGAAGAAGAAUGGCAGCAGUAGUGUGUUAGCUGCUUAAUAGAUCAAUGGAAUAACACUUUCAUUUAUAGUAGCAGCUGUUUAGUCUUCUAUUAGUUGUGGGUACUGAUAUAAUGAGCAGUGUUGGCUGAGCCUACAUCUGUGGAACUUGUUAGCUUGUUUAAAUGAUUUAAUUGUUAAUGUUUAUAUUCCUGCCUUCCAAGAAUUAGGUUUAAAUUUCACAGAAGAUGCUAGCAGUGGCCUGAUGAGAAUUUCAAAAGUUAAAAAGGAGCAAGUGAUACUUUGACUGUAUUGUCUUUUUUGUAAAUAAAAUAAUAAAAUAUGAUAGAACUCUGCUUCAGUUUUAUAACUGUAUUGUGUACAAGUUAUUUAGAGAGAUUUGAUUCCUAGUACUGUGACACUUGAAUACAUGUAAAUAGUGCUGUAAACGUUUCAUUAAAAAAUUUCUACAGCUGAACUGGAAUUUAAAACUGUUCAGUAAAAGUGUUUUAUUGCA